GAUUUCCUGAACGGCUGGAUCCUGGGCGACCCGCACGACACCUGCAACGACUUGUGCCGCUCCCGUGGUUUGGACGGCUGUAAUGCAGAGAAGAUCGGAGAGAUCAACAGGCUACGCCACGUCAUGGGAUGCCAGGUUCGAACCUGCCAGCAAGAAGCCGCACCCAUCUUUCCGCAGGAUUUCCUGAACGGCUGGAUCCUGGGCGACCUUCACGACACCUGCAACGACUUGUGCCGCUCCCGUGGUUUGGACGGCUGUAAUGCAGAGAAGAUCGGAGAGAUCAACAGGAUACCGAGAGCCACUCGAUUGCUUGAGGCACUGGGCCAGUCACCGGACUUGGAAAUCAACUGCGACGCAACUGGUGCACGAGAUUUUGGGCCCAGCUACCAGAUCAACGCCGGGACAGGAGCCACAACCUGCCGUUAUGGAAGUGAAGCAGUCGCCAAGUGCGAUGAGAAUGGCUUUACAUCCGAUCGGCCCCUAUGCUUCUGCAGCACCGACGCCAUCACGCCGACUUAUGACGAUGGUUGGGUGUUGGGUACCGCCGGGGACGAUUGCGCCACCACCUGCACCGAUGCCGAUGCCACCUUUGAGUGUGAUUUCAGGAAUGCGCAAGAGAUCAACAGGUGCGUCUACUUGACUGGAUCUGCAGACUGCGCUGCUACUGUAGCUCCCACAGAGCGGCACGUGGCAAGCGAGUUCGCCGAAGAGAGCGCUCAGCCGAUGUGGUUUCUUGGCGACCGCCAUGACACCUGCAACGAUUUGUGCGCCUUCAAGGGAUACGAAGGAUGUGGUGCAGAUGAAAUCAAGAAUCUUGACGCAUUGGAAGAGGUUGAGGCAGAGCUACAAUUGUUGGAGCCCAGCGCAACAUGUGAUUCGACUUCUGCACGAGCCUAUGGGGCAUUCUACCAAAGCUCUAACAACAAGUGCUUUCACGCCGCUGGUGUGGAUUGCGACCGCAACGACAGCCCUGCAGAUCAGCCGUUGUGCUAUUGCAAGGGCACCACAGCAACAACAACUUCCCUGGCUGCUCGUUCGCACACAGCUGAGGUGUGUUCAAACCUGGUAGAAGGCUGGCCCCGCAUUGAGAAAUUGGAGUCCCGCAGGAACAGCCGAAUGGAGAAAGGGACGGUUGGAUUGUGGGCGACCUGCAUGACACGUGCAACGACCUCUGCCAUUUUCGUGGCUUUGACGGUUGUGAUGCAGGACGGUUGGAUUGUGGGCGACCUGCAUGACACGUGCAACGACCUCUGCCAUUUUCGUGGCUUUGACGGUUGUGAUGCAGGUAAGAUCGCACAGAUCAACAGAAUUCCGAGAGUGACACGACAAGUUCUUCACGAGCUUACGGGCCUACCUACCAACCGGCCGAUCAAAAGUGCUUCUAUGGAACUGGCUGAUGGAUGGGUGUUGGGUAUCACUGGGGACAACUGCGACAACACUUGCAAGCGUGCUGACCUUGCAUGUGAUGCCACGAAGAUUGAAGAGCUCAACAGGAAGCUGCUUCGUUACCUCACCGCGGUCCCUUCAAAGUAG